AGCAGAGGAGAUGGCCAGCUGCCUAAAAACCAACUGGAACUGGAGAUUUCAGAAAGGGGUCUUCAAAACCACCCAGCUCCUUUGCUUCAGCAUUCUGAUCUCUGAACUAAUGAAUCAGAAAGAAGUGGCAGCAUGGACUUAUCAUUAUACUACCUUAGCAUACUCAUGGAAUUUUUCCCGGGCAUAUUGCCAGAAGCACUUCACAGAUUUAGUGGCCAUCCAGAAUAAACAUGAAAUUACUUACCUCAAUGAUGUCAUGCCUUAUUACAGCUCUUAUUACUGGAUUGGGAUACGAAAGAUAGAUAAUAAAUGGACCUGGGUGGGAACCAAAAAGCCUCUCACUGAAGAGGCUGAGAACUGGGCUGACAAUGAGCCCAACAACAAGAAGAACAACCAGGACUGCGUGGAAAUUUACAUCAAGAGCCCACGGGCCCCUGGCAAGUGGAAUGAUGAGCCCUGUGGGAAAAAAAAACGGGCACUGUGCUACAAAGCCUCCUGCCAGGACAUGUCCUGCAGCAUGCAAGGCGAGUGCAUCGAGACCAUUGGGAACUACACCUGCUCCUGUUUCCCUGGGUUCUAUGGACAAGAAUGUGAAUACGUCAGCGAGUGUGGAGAACUUGACCUCCCUCAUCAUGUGCUCAUGAACUGUAGCCACCCUCUAGGAAACUUCUCUUUCAACUCAACGUGCAGCUUCCAUUGUGCUGAAGGUUACAAGUUGAACGGACCUGGCAAUGUGGAAUGUUUGGCUUCUGGAAUCUGGACAAAUAAGCCCCCAGAGUGUAUAGCCACCCAGUGCCCAGCCCUGAAGACUCCAGAGCAAGGUAGCAUGACCUGUCUUCACUCUGCAAGAACAUUCCCACUGUGGUCCAGCUGCAGCUUCAGCUGUCAAGAGGGAUUUGAACUAGUUGGGCCAGAGGAGGUACAGUGCACAGCUUCAGGGAUGUGGACAGCCUCAGCUCCAGUGUGUAAAGCCACUGCCUGUGAGCCACUGGAGAGUCCUACCCAUGGAAGCCUGGACUGCUCUCCAUCCUUGCAAGCAUUUCAGUACAACAGUAGUUGCAGCUUUCAUUGUGCUGAGGGUUUCAUACUGAUAGGAGCUGACAUAGUUCGGUGUACUAAUUUGGGACAAUGGACAGCACCAGUCCCAGUCUGUCAAGCUGUGCAGUGCCAGGAUCUUCUGGCUCCAGACAAGGCCCAACUGAACUGCUCCCACCCCUUUGGUGCCUUUAAGUACCAGUCAACCUGCAGCUUCACCUGUGACAAAGGCUUACUCCUCGUGGGAGCAAGAGUCCUGCAAUGCUUGGAUACUGGGGACUGGAGUGCUCCUCCUCCAGAAUGCCAAGCCAUCACCUGCACGCCUCUGCUAAGCCCUCUGAAUGGAACAAUGACCUGUGUCCAACCUCUUGGAGAGUUCAGUUACAAGUCUACAUGCCAGUUCACUUGUGAUGAGGGAUUCUCUUUGUCUGGACCAGCGAGACUGGAUUGUACCCCAUCUGGACACUGGACGAGUUCCCCACCAAUAUGUGAAGCCAUCAAGUGCCCAGAAUUAUUUGCCCCAGAGCAGGGAAGCCUGGAUUGUUCUAACACCCAUGGAGAAUUCAGUUUUGGCUCCACAUGUCAUUUCUUCUGUAACAAAGGCUUUAAAUUGGAGGGGUUCGACAAUGUUAAAUGCACAGUUUCUGGAAAAUGGACAGCACCUCCUCCAACUUGUGAAGCAGGCAGAGUAUCAGCUCUUACUCCAGAGGUGCAGUGUCCAGCUCUCAUCAUUCCAGACCAGGGAACAAUGUCCUGUAGGCAUCACCUGGGAAGGUUUGGUUUGAAUACCACUUGUUACUUUGGAUGCAAAGCUGGAUUCACUCUCAUGGGAGAUGAUGCUCUCAGAUGCAGACCUUCAGGACAAUGGACAGCAGUAGGUCCAACAUGCAAAGCCAUCAAAUGCUCUGAGCUACACAUAACUGAGUCAAUACUGAUGAACUGCUCCAACCCUUGGGGAAAUUUCAGCUAUGGAUCAACCUGCAGCUUCCAUUGUCCAGAGGGUCAAUUACUUAAUGGCUCUGUGAGAACAGCAUGUCAAGAGAAUGGCCAGUGGUCAGCUACCAUGCCAAUAUGUCAAGUGGGACCACUCACUAUCCAGGAAGCCCUAGCUUACUUUGGAGGAGCAGUGGCUUCAAUGACAGGUUUGGUGAUGGGUGGAACAUUCCUGGCUCUGCUCAGAAAGCGCUUCAGACAAAAAGAUGAUGGGAAAAGCCCCUUGAACCCUCACAGCCACCUAGGAACAUACGGAGUUUUUACCAAUGCUGCAUUUGACUCGAACUCUUAAGAGAACCGUCCUUCUGUAGUCACCUCACCGAACCUCCACCAGAUCCUAUUUUUAAACAUCAGGCUUCCUGCUACACUUGAUUUUAACUACAGUGUAGUUUUCUGUAAAUACUUGUGAAUAAAGACAUGAAAUUGCCUUUAGAUUAACAGUGGACAGCAGCAGAAAGACUGUACCAAAAGCCUAAACCCUUCACCCUCUACCUCUUCCUGCCCCACCUCUCCUCUUCCUUUGACAGAAGCCUCAGAAGCCAGGGCUGAAUGUUUCCACAAUAGUCUGUGGCACUACCAUUUAGCCAGACACUGGAGCUUCUGAUUCAUUGGCAAGCCAGACUGUGGAGAAAUUAAAAUGCCUCUACUGUAUUGGAAGGCAGGCCAUGUCUUUGACUUGAAGGAAUUCCUAUAAGGUCUUCUGUAGUCUCCAGUGGCUGCUGUUUAUCAAGACUCUAAGAUCUCUGCUGUGAGGCUUCCAGAGCAGCCUUUGGGCAGCAGAAGACCAAGAACCAAGACAGGAAAGCAUAUGUCACUGUAGGCCUUCCCUCCAUCCAGGAACCCUCCUUCAAAGAACCCAAAAACCACUAUUCAGAUGUGUAAUUAAAAGGAUUCU